AUGACUGCGAACCAAACCCUUCUCGUCACCGGCGCCAACGGCUACAUCGGCACCCACAUCGUCAGCUUCGCCCUCGAGCGUGGCUACAAUGUCCGCGCAACCGCCCGUUCCGAGUCCUCCUUUGCCAGCCUCCGCGCCCUUUUCCCCAACUCCUCGGAUCGCCUCUCCUUUGCCAUCGUCCCGGACAUCACCAAGCACGAAUCCUACCAAGAUGCUCUCGUCGGCGUCUCGGGCAUCAUCCAUGCCGCGUCCCCCUUCAUCCUGAACCCCAAGAGCAAUGAAAAGGACCUCCUGCAGCCCGCCAUCAACGGCUCCCUCGCCAUCCUCGAGGCUGCGAGGCUGUACGGGACUGAAGUGAAGCGCAUCGUCAACGUCUCGUCUUUUGCUUCCAUCGUCGACAUGGCCCAGGGGUACCGUCCGGGAUACACGUACACGGAGAAGGACUGGAACCCAAUGACCUAUGAAGAGGCAUCCAAGACGGACAGCGGCGCCGCGGCGUACUGCGCCUCCAAGGCCCUCGCCGAGAAGGCCAUGUGGCACUGGGUGGGCGAGAACCAGGCUGUGACGUUCACGCUGGCCAACAUCUGCCCGCCCUGGGUGUUUGGACCGUACCUCGGCACCCCUGACCUCGGUCACCUGAGCGAGUCGAUGGGUCUGCUUUGGAAGCUGGUCGACGCGAAGGAGGUUCCGCCAACGGACUUUGGCGGGUAUGCCGACGUCCGGGACGUCGCGCGGGCACUGAUCGGAGCGAUUGAGACGCCGGCCGCAGGGGGCGAGCGGUUCCUCGUCGGUGAAGGCUUUGACUGGCAGACGGCUGCCGAUAUCAUCCGCGAGGAGGUUCCCGAGGCGAAGAGCAGGGUCCCCGAGGGACGGCCGGGAUACGGCAAGACGGAGGAGCGGUAUGCCGUUGACGGGAGCAAGGCCGAACGGGUUCUGGGGUUGAAGUACACGCCCCUGAACGUCACUCUGAGGGACUCCAUCAAGCAGCUGUUCGAGGUCGAGAAGGCUCCCAAGUCUUCUUAA